CGCCUGUGACGUCCCGGCGCGGAGCGGAUGUUGAUCCCCUGACCGGGAAGCGAUGGAGGCCGCGGCCGGAGGGAGCCAGGCGGGCGGCCCCGGCGAGCGGGAGCGGCGGGUGCGAGCGCUGAGCGCCGCCCUGCGGGCCCGGCUCGGGCCCUACGAGCCGCUGCUGAGCGCGCUGCAGGCGGCGCUGGUCUGGGAGCGGCCGGGCCGCGGCGCGCUGGGCUGGGCGGGCGCGCACGGCGCCUUCUGUUUUUUGGCACUGACUUCCCUUCGGCUGGUGUUCUUGGUUGCAUUUGGCCUGAUAAUAAUAGUUUGUUUAGAUCAAUGGAAGAAUAAAAUCUGGCCUGAAAUUAAAGUGGCAAGAUCUGACGAAUCGGACAAUGAGAGCUGGGGCUAUGUUCACCCUCAGUUGCUGAGUGUGCCGGAGCUGUGUCACCAUUUAGCUGAUGGAUGGGUUACUGGGGUCACCUUCUUAAGGAAUCUCUUCGUUUUCAAAAGGCAAAAUCCCGGCAAGUUUUGCCUUUUAGUGUGUGGAGUCUUUACAUUCUUGGCUGUUCUGGGCCGAUACAUUCCUGGACUCUUGCUCUCAUACCUUAUGCUGCUGUUCAUCCUGCUGUGGCCUCUCGCAGUGUACCACAGCCUGGGGCAACGCAUGUACACGAAGCUGGAGCCAGCUCUGCAGCGGCUGGACUUCAGUGUUCGAGGCUACAUGAUGUCAAAGCAACGAGUGAAGCAAUUGCGCCAGCGAGCGCUGAACCAGGAGCCUGCUGAUGCUGGGACUGACAGUGAAGAAGAACUUGCUGCUUUCUGUCCCAAGCUGGAUGAUUCUGCAGUUGCUAAGGAACUGACUAUCUCCGACUCUGAGCAUUCAGAUGCUGAAGUUUCCUACACUGAGAAUGGGACGUUUAAUCUGUCAAGGGGACAAACUCCACUGACUGAGGGAUCUGAAGAUCUUGAUGGUCACAGUGACCCUGAAGAAUCUUUUGCCAGGGAUCUCCCUGACUUCCCUUCCAUAAAUCCAGAGGUGACUGGAAUAGAUGACGAAGAUGACACCAGCAUUGGGAUUCCCAGCCUUGCUUACCGCUCGCAGGGCAUGGAAGAUCUACGUCACCCAUAUGACCAAGAAGAAGCUGUCCCUGCACUCCUACUAGGGGCACUGCCCUCUGCGCACAAUCUUACAAAUAACUUAGCUGGAUUUGUCACCAGAGGCAUGAUACAAUUAGCCUUGUCAGGAGCCUCUCAGCCAGGCCCUGUAUGCAGUGACAAUCUGCAGAGAGGCACAAAAACCUAUCUUAGAACCUCCAGCUCUGACUUGGACACUGAUGCAGAAGGGGAUGACUUUGAACUGUUGGAUCAGUCAGAGCUGAUCCAGCUGGAUCCAGCUGGCUCUCGAGGCCAGUUGUUUGAAGAAAAUAGAUUCUCACUGUGCCAAACUGUGCAGCUAUUGCAUGAGUAACUUACAGCAUCAGAGGUUCAAACUUCAGGUACAACAUGACACGUUGACUUUUUUUAAUCCUGGAAAAAGUAUUUCUCUUAUGUGAUAUCUUGUUUUUCCUACUGUUUCCUCUUCUCUGCUGUGAGGAAGAACAACCGUGUAUGAAAUCAGCCUUUUACACGCCACAUUGGUGUUAAUACCAUGCUGUAAAACUGUUCAGAAGUUCUGGUGUCCCUAAGUACUUAAAAACAAGAUUUGCAGCUCCCCAAGUGAGAGGAAGUCCUCUAAACUCAGUUGGCUUUAUUAGACACCUGGAUAGAUUAAUUGUAUCAAAUCAGGGUAAAACAAGUAGAGAGGUGGUGGUCUCUGAAACAUCCCUGUUUAAUUGCAUCUAUUUGUAAGCAAUCAGCAUAAUCAAAACUAGAACUGAAAAAACAAUGCUCAGUGCUAAUGAUUAGUCUAUUUUCAGAUGCAUCUACUAGCGAUUUAAGAGUCUGUGAACACCCAGUUUAUUCCCUGAAGCACUAACAACACUUCCUGUAUCACGGACUCAUUUCUUCAGCCAUUCCUUUGACCCCAACCCCCCAGAAAGGCUGGGCGUUAUAGGGGAGUGUUGUGGUACGAGCAGAGCUAGGACAUGGGUGUUCUGAGCAUGGAUCUCCUAUGGAUGGCCGCCUCUGCCACUGGGCAAGUAACUUUACUUCUCCAUACUUCAUCAUUCCUAUUUAGAAGUUACUAGCCUCUUAUGGGGGCAGUCAAGGAGGAGAAAAUAAACCAAUCCAUGAUGAGCAGUGUAGGUUUUCCCAGACUAUUCCCACUGCUUUUACCAGUGCACCUCCAAAAUGAAGCUUCCUACACACCAUGUUGUGAAUUUUUGGAUCCAUAUUUCCAUGCUCAUUACAACCUUCCUUGUCCAUUGUGUAAUCACCACCAUGGCUUUUAAGGCUGAAGAAGAAUGCCAUACUGCACUUAAAUCUCUGAAAAUUCUUAUGAGUUAUGCCUUUACUAGUUGUAACAGUGUUGGUCCAAGGAUAUUUUGUCUUUACUAGUGGCAGUCUACCUGUCUUUUCUCUUGUAGGGCCAGAUAGAAAACCAACACCUUCUGCAGACUUUUGUGGCAGAACCCCUCCAAAUGAGAUAUAACUAUGGAUGGGUGACAAGCAUC